AUGAUUGCAAAUGAUGACAUUUUCGCUAGAGAACAUAUCAUCCUCCUAAAGACAUGGAUCAAGAUCGAGAAAUGUCAAGGUAAUCCGAUACUGAGCCAACACUCAUAA